CGUUGGAUCUUAGAAAGAAAAUGGCGGAUGGUCUGGUAAUACAAUAAAAGUCAGUGGUCGGCUAGUUUAAAUACUACCAGUUUUUGUGUGCUUAUAAAUACUUUAACGUAAGUUAUGGAUAGAAGGGGAAGUAAAGAACAACUUGAAGACAACGGAACAUCUUCACGACAUAGAAGACAAAGAAGUGAUGGUGCCAAUAGUUUGGAAAUGGAAAUGCUAGGGCCAGGCAGUAAUUCGCCAGCCACGAGACAGAAGGCUGGUGUCAGCGCGGUGGCGGGAGGGGCCAGCCCUGUCGCUUCCCUCGGCAGUUCCGGGUCCGCAGAAAAUCUACAGUCACAGCAGACUCAACAGGUUGUUCAAGUUAUGCGAGAGGCGAAUGCUAAAUUUGCUCAGCCUGGAGACUGCCCUCUCCUUGUUGGAGAGCGUAUUGAAGGAAUAGCUAAAGAUGUGACGUAUCUCUGCCCAUUUACAGAGGAAGCCAUCAGGGGUUCACUAACUAUAACAAAUUACAAGCUUUACUUCAGUGGGACAGAACAGGAUCGGGAUCCACAGUUUAUACUGGAUGUACCCCUUGGAGCUAUUCACAGAGUCGAGAAAGUCGGUGGCGUAUCUAGUCGAGGUGAGAACUCGUAUGGUCUAGAGAUUUUCUGCAAGGAUAUGAGGAACUUGAGGUUUGCACACAAACAAGAGAAGCACUCGAGGAGACUUGUAAAUGAUAAACUAAACCAAUUUGCUUUCCCGAUUUCAAAUAAAGCAGCUUUGUUUGCCUUUGAAUAUAAAGAAUAUCAUAGUGACGAUGGUUGGACGGUGUUCAACCCAGUAGCAGAACUUCGACGUCAGGGAAUUCCAACAGAAAGCUGGAGGAUUAGCAGAAUCAAUGAGCAUUAUACCUUUUGUGAAACAUAUCCCAGUGUAUUUUCAGUACCAACGGCAGCCGAUGAUGAACUUUUAAAACAAGUUGCCGCAUUUAGGAGUAAAAACAGGAUACCAGUGUUGUCAUGGAUACAUCCGCAGAGUCAAGCUACAAUCACAAGGUGCAGUCAGCCUCUUGUAGGCAUGGCAGGUAAGAGGAGCAAAGAGGACGAGAAGUACAUACAGAUGGUGCUUGACGCCAAUGCCCAGUCGCAUAAACUAGUAAUCAUGGAUGCAAGGCCUAGUGUGAAUGCUGUAGCCAAUAAGGCGAAAGGUGGUGGCUAUGAAAGUGAGGAUGCCUAUCAGAAUGCUGAAUUACAGUUCCUUGAUAUUCACAACAUCCAUGUGAUGCGAGAGAGCUUAAGAAAAUUAAAGGAGAUCUGUUUUCCGAGCAUAGAUGAUCAUCAUUGGCUAAGCAAUUUGGAAUCUACACAUUGGUUAGAACAUAUCAAGCUUAUUUUGGCCGGAGCAGUACGUAUAGCAGACAGAAUUGAGAAUCAGAAGACGUCUGUGAUCAUCCAUUGCAGUGAUGGCUGGGACCGAACAUCUCAACUCGGCGCCCUCGCUAUGAUCAUGCUUGAUCCUUACUAUAGAACAAUCCGAGGCUUUGAAGUACUUAUAGAGAAAGAGUGGUUAGCAAUGGGUCAUAAGUUCUCACAGAGACAUGGUCAUGGCGAUAAAAAUCAUGCUGAUGCCGAUAGAUCGCCAGUGUUCCUUCAAUUUAUAGACUGUGUCUGGCAAAUAACAAGACAGUUCCCAAAUGCGUUUGAAUUUAACGAGAGUUUUCUAAUAACGAUUUUGGAUCACCUGUACAGCUGUCUGUUUGGAACAUUUUUGUUCAACUGUGAAUGCGAACGAGUGAAAGAGGAGGUAAAGACCAAAACAGUGUCCUUAUGGUCGCACAUAAACAGCACGCCCGACGAGUUCAAGAACCCGCUUUACGCAUCCUACCUCCAUCAACACGUGCUCUUUCCCGUAGCUAGUAUGCGACGUAUUGAGUUAUGGACGUCCUACUACAUCCGCUGGAAUCCUAGGAUGAAACCACAGGAACCAAUCCAUCAAAGAAAUAGAGAACUACUUGAACUUCGAGCUCAUUUACAGAAGAAGGUUGAGGAAUUGCAGAAAGAAAUUGAGGCCAGGGACCUAGGGUUGCAGUCAUCUGCAAGGGGCGAUACGUCACCUCCUAGGGUAGCUAGCCCGAUCAAUGCGUGAGGCCUGGUGUGUUCAGAGGAAGACAGCUAUCCAACGGUCAUAAGGAUCCAUUCUUAACUGGUCAAUUUUAACCAUAGCUUUUAAUUUCACUGAUGAUCUUAAAUUUAAUGUGAUCAAUUUUGUGUAAUGUGCUUAUAUAUAGGCAUGAUGUUGUCAUAUUACACCCAAAUUUGGGCAUAUCACGGUAAUAUUUUUCACAUAAAAUUUAAUAGUGUAGACGGAGUUUACAAUGUCAAUAUUCACGCCAGUGAAACCUUAGAAACAGUCAUAAUUACCAGAAAACAAACAAACUACUCCUUAGCCACUGCUUUUUUUUGUUUCUUAUGCGAAUAUCAAUAUAAUUUCUGGAUGUUGCAUCACGUAAAUUCAAGCAUCAGCUCAUUGCAUAAUUAUGUAGAACAACAAAAGACGUGUCUCCAUUUCUUCAGCAAAAAGUCAUUUUAUGGUAAUAGGCAUUGUAUAAUACAGCACGGGUAUCUGCAGUUUUUAAUGGAAACUUGAAUUUUUUAUAUCCCUCAUCAAUUUUGUUUCCACAAAGGGAGCCAUAAAUGACACAACCUACUUUAAGUAGGUAUAAAAAUAUGCCAGCUAGAUUGUGUUGUAUAUAACUAUCAUUAAAAAAAUGGCAAUAUGGUCCAUAGUGCUUUGGGUAUAAGUCUAUCUCGAGUAUGAGCCCGGCCCAUCCACUUUAUGCCCGAUUUUAUGUACCAGUGUUUCCCAGACAAAAGCCCAAUGUCUGAUUUGAAUGAAUUUUACAAAUACUUAACAGAAAAAUGCAUGAUCAUGUAGCGUUGAAAAGAUGCUUUUUGAUUGGCUAUCUCUACAAUUAAUAGAGCAUGCUGUUGGUUGCAGAAAGGAUCAUGAUUUUUUUUAUUGUGAAAAUGGGAAAUCCCUAGUAUAAGCCCAUCCCCCACCCAACAAAAUUAGCACAAUUUUGUGUUUAUGGAGUAGAGCAAGAGAACUACGGUAAUGUUUUGAUUUGUAGAUGGUUAGUGUUAAGACUGUUUAUAGACCGCUGAUAGCAGUCCACCUCAAGAGGGUGCUCCAGUCUCUAAAUUCUUGCUACGAACGGUGACGGAUGGAGUAUAAGUCAUCAACUGUUGUAAAUUAAUUUCAAAGGACUUGUGUAAUUUAUUAAGUUAAAAAUAGGAAUUGGUUGUAGGGGAAUGUUGCAUUAAUGAUGCUGUAGGAUUGUUUUAUUCCUGUGGGAGUAUACUGCAAAAAGUAACAGUAAUAAUAAUAAUAUAAGAGAGAGCGAAAUUUUUAGGGUACUAACUUUUUUAAUCAAGUAAAUGAUAACAAUAGUAUCGUAGUACUGGUGCAGACUUUACAAUAUUGGCAUCAUUGAAUUAAUUUUUUAAAUCCCAAAAUUAAUAAUGAUUUUUAUUCUAAACCGGAAUACAAAAUAUAAAAUACAAACUUUUGGGAUAUUAAAGAUUUAUAAGCCUUAUAGAUUAUUAAAAAUAUCAAAAUCAGAUUACUCUCCAUAGAUAUAAAUACAAAUACCCUGUGUGUGUGUGUGUGUGAUGUGUAC